AUGGAAGUGAGAGUUGACGACGAGCAUUUACAUCAACAUAGUUUCGCUGAUGACACCGUUUUUGUAACAUCAAGCAUCAAUCAAUCGGAACGGGUGCCGGCCGAAUUUGAUGAAACUUGUGAAAGGAUUGAUCUUCAGCUGAACCUAGACAAGACGUUGUUUAUGAGGAACGGAUGUGGUUCUGCCCCAUUCACGCUCAGCGAAACGAAUAUAUCCGAGUGCUCCAGUUAUGUAUAUCUAGGUCGGGGAAUCAAUAUAGUGAACGAUCUGACCUCCGACCUAGGAAAGCAAGUUGGGGAUCAAAACCAUCGAGGAUAUAGCGAAGAGAACCAAAAAUAUCCGUCUCCGUAG